CGGCCCCAACCAACCCGGGAGCCAUGCCGUCGUCAAUUCGGACGCCGUCAAGCCAGGCGCGCUGUUGCUCUUUCACCUCACUCUCUGGGUCUGAUAGACUAACCAGCGACAACGCAAGUCGAAACCAAACCCAGUUCGUCCGUUCUGCUGCAUCGACACACACAUCGGCCCAGCGCCCGGCAUGUUCCCGAAGAGGCGGGAGGCGGGAGCGGCGUGCACUUCGGCCGGCCUAGUCACCGCCCGACUACUGUUGUCCUUCCUCGCUCUCCCAACAUUUCCGGUUGCGGCUGCAGGACAUGCCCCAUCGGACGCGCAGCUCCCUCUCGCCAUCGAGGUUGGUCCGGUAGCGCCACUAAUACCGGAACCCCCAGCACCCGCUGAGCACACCUUCACGCUCCGACACAUUUUUCACCACGGAACGUAUAAACACCCGCAUCUCCAUCGCAAACAGGAUGUCACGCAGCCAAAGGCGGACGUGUGGCUGCCGGCCGAGGACGGAUACGAGGCCCAACGAAUCGGUCCCCUGCGAGCCCGAAGCAACCCGCUCCGGAUCCAGCGACUGGUGGACCGGAGGCCCAGUGUGGUAGACCCUAUUGUGGCCGAGUCGAGGAAGCAGGGGUUUGUCUCGGUACUCUCGCCAUCCGCGUGGACGAUCGACGAUGUUCCCGGGCCCAACGUCACCGACAAGGACACCGUUCUGACGCUCGCCCUGAUGGCGGCCGACGCUUACGUGGAGAAGCCGGGCGAAGCGGACUGGGAAGAUGUCGGCGCGCCGUUCAACCGGAGUCUCGAUUUCGGCUGGGAGGGCGAUGGGUUGCGGGGCCACGUAUUUGCCGACGAGACUAACUCGACCAUCGUCAUCGGGCUGAAGGGGACCUCGGUUGCCGUGUUUGACGGGGAGGGCACGACCACGAACGAUAAGGUCAACGAUAACCUGUUCUUCAGUUGCUGCUGCGCCCAGCAGGGACCCUGGACUUGGCAACAGGUGUGCGACUGCGCGACCGGCACCUACACGUGUAAUAACACGUGCGUCACCCAAGCCCUCCGCGACGAGAACCGCUAUUAUUACGCGGCGCGCGAGCUGUACGCCAAUGUCACCGAGAUCUACCCCAAUUCCAACGUCUGGAUUACAGGUCAUUCACUGGGUGGAGCUGUUAGCUCGUUUCUGGGCCUCACGUACGGUGUGCCGGUGGUGACCUUCCAAGCGGUGCCUGACGCGCUGCCGGCGAGGAGGCUUGGUUUGCCCGUCCCUCCGGGAGCCGACCCGGACGCGCCUCAGGAGAGGGAGUACACGGGCGCAUUCCACUUUGGACAUACGGCUGACCCCGUCUACAUCGGGACCUGCAACGGAGCGACGGCGUCGUGCUCGUUAGCAGGUUAUGCGUUUGAAGCGGCCUGCCACACGGGCCGUGAAUGCGUCUAUGACACAGUGGGCGACUUGGGCUGGCGUGUUGGUAUCGGAACGCACAGGAUCAAGUCGGUGAUUCGGGACGUCAUCCUGAAGUAUGACUCGGUUCCGGAGUGCAAGUUUACUCCCGAGUGCCGGGACUGCGGCAACUGGAAGAUGUACGAGAGCAACGGGACAGAGUCGACCAUGACCUCGAGCGUUCCGACGACAACCUCCAAGACCCGGACUCGGACCGAAACCUGCAAGACGCCGGGUUGGUGGGGUUGCUUGGACGAGACCACGACAACUACUGGUACGGAGACGUCUGAGGUCACGACAUCGACAUCAUCGACCACAACAUGCCAUACCCCGUAGGUGGUCCCAACAUGUGGCACUCGCAUGCAUUCUACUGACUCCCGCCAGGGGCUGGUUUGGCUGCAAGGACAAGACCACGACUAGUGUAACCACCACC